AUGUUCAUGGGCUCGGCAAAAGCCGCUCGGCUCAAUACGCGCAACCAUAAAAUUUUGGGCACUACGACUUCUUCCUCCUCGACCACCAUGUUCUCCGCUGCUCGUUCUGCUCGCGCCUCCGUCUCUCGGGCCAGCCAAUACGCUGGCCUGAAUCGCACCAUGAUUGUGCGGAACAUGAACUCAAAAGUCAAUGGACCCGUCAUCGGUAUUGACUUGGGUACCACCAACUCAUGUGUUGCGGUUAUGGAGGGCAAGAGUGCCCGCGUCAUCGAGAACGCGGAGGGUGCACGAACAACACCGUCGGUCGUCGCGUUCACGAAGCACGGCGAGCGACUCGUCGGUCUGCCUGCCAAGCGCCAGGCAGUAGUCAACUCUGCCAACACCGUCUUCGCCUUCAAGCGCCUAAUUGGUCGUCAGUUUAAGGACAAGGAGGUCCAGGAGGAUAUGCGUCACUGGCCUUUCCAUCUCACCCCCACCGCCGACGGAAGACCCGCUGUGCAGGUUGAUAAUGGUGACAAGAAGCAAACUUUUUCGGCGGAAGAGCUAUCAUCUAUGGUUCUCGUGAAGAUGAAGGAGACUGCUGAGCAAUUCUUGAACAAGAAAGUGAACCAUGCUGUCGUCACAGUUCCUGCGUACUUCAAUGACGCGCAGCGGCAAGCAACGAAAGAUGCUGGGCAGAUUGCUGGCCUCGACGUCCUUCGUGUCAUUAACGAACCCACUGCUGCCGCUCUUGCCUACGGUCUAGAUCGUGCCGACAACUCUGUCAUUGCCGUGUACGAUUUGGGCGGUGGAACUUUCGAUAUCUCCAUCCUCGAGAUGCAGAAGGGUGUUUUCGAAGUCAAGUCUACGAAUGGCGAUACUCAUCUCGGUGGUGAAGACUUCGACAUUGUGUUGGUCGAGCACAUCCUGAACGAGUUCAAGAAGGAUACCUCCAGUGAUCUAAAGGGUGACCGCAUGGCAAUUCAACGCGUUCGUGAGGCCGCUGAGAAAGCUAAGAUUGAGUUGUCCUCCACUACUCAGACGGAAGCCAACUUGCCUUUCAUUACGGCGGACGCUUCAGGACCCAAGCAUAUCAAUCUCAAAUUGAUGCGUUCUCAGUUCGAAUCCCUCGUCAACCCCCUCGUUCAACGGACUAUCGAUCCUUGCAAGAAGGCUCUCAGCGAUGCUGGCGUCAAGGCUAGCGAGAUCAACGAAGUCAUCCUAGUCGGUGGUAUGACGCGUAUGCCGAAGGUUGGCGAGACUGUCAAGAGCAUCUUUGGUCGUGAGCCCAGCAAGGGUGUCAACCCCGAUGAGGCUGUCGCCAUCGGUGCUGCUAUCCAAGGAGGUGUGCUUGCGGGCAACGUAACCGACAUUCUCCUGCUUGAUGUCACUCCUUUGUCAUUGGGCAUUGAGACGCUAGGUGGCAUCAUGACCAAGCUCAUCAACCGUAACACCACCAUCCCAACGAAGAAGUCACAAGUGUUCUCGACCGCCGCAGACGGCCAGACGGCCAUUGAGGUGAAGAUCUACCAGGGUGAACGUGAGCUCGUCCGCGACAACAAACUCCUUGGUAACUUCAACCUGGUCGGUAUCCCUCCCGCCCCCAAAGGCGUGCCUCAAAUCGAGAUCACGUUUGACAUUGAUGCUGAUGGUAUCGUCAACGUUUCCGCCAAGGACAAAGCUACCGGCAAGGACCAGUCCAUGACCAUCGCCUCUUCAUCUGGUCUCAGCGACAAGGAUAUUGAGAAGAUGGUUUCCGACGCUGAACAGUAUGCUGAAGCUGACAAGGCUCGCCGUGGCCUGAUUGAGGAGGCCAACAAGGCUGACUCUGUCUGCGCCGACACCGAGAAGGCCAUGAACGAGUUUAAGGACCAACUCGACGCUGCGGAGAAGGACAAGGUGACGAAGCUUCUCGGUGAACUUCGUGAACUCGCCGCCAAGGGACAAGUUGGCGACAGCUCCAUCACCGCCGACGCCAUCCGAGAGAAGAUCAGCGAGACACAAACAGCCUCUCUAGGCCUCUUCCAGAAGGUCUAUGAGAAGCGUGCUGCGGAGAACUCGUCUUCAUCUGAGCAACCUUCGGAGAACAAGGAGGAGAAGAAGGAUUAA